AUGCGCUUCCCAAACUGUGAUACUACGGUGAGCUUAGCUUUUGGAAUUAUUGCACCUAAACUUUUCAACAUUUUACAUUGUUAAUUUCAGGGAAAGUUGGAGAUAGAUUGUUUGUCUAUAACCAAACCUAUUAAGCCGGUUACCAUGGGAACCACGAUGAGUUCAGUGGGCUUGGCGAAUAAGCCACCCGCAUUGCCACCGGUAAAACAAAAUAACACUGCGGUAAGUGGCCGUCUCUUUCUGACCCAGACAUUGUUCAUUUUUUUAAAAAACGUUUUAAAAAAAGUAGGAGAAAUAAACACGACAUUGGGUCUAAUAAUUAAUUUUUUUUUGCUAUGGAUUCAUUUAUGUCUGGUCAGUUAAGGUUUACAGAAACUUCCUGUACGUCGUCUUGGUGUUUGCCAAACCAAAGUGGAUACUGUUGUCAACCGAUGAAAAAAUUGAAUCUAAUAGAAUUUUAGGAAGGUUAAGAAGCCUGCUGGGCCAAUAGCAGAAACUAGUUGCCAGGUCGUGCCAAUAAGAAUUCUGAAUUAUAUCAAGACAAUCUUAUUUCGACACUUCCACAAAUAAAUUGAUAUUGAUGCUUGUAAUCCUCCGAAAGGAAGAUUCAAGUUGAGUUUAUUCCAUUCAGUGUUACGCGAAGAUCCUAAAAUAACGUGUCAAACUUUAUGAUUGUGUAAUUUAAAGUAUCCGAAAAUGUCUAUGUAUGAGCCAGUUUUCUACCCACACAUUAUGGCUCAGUUUGCCAUCAGUGCCUAUCUCGUGUAAUUAUUUGCUGAAAUGUCUCUUCGCAUAUAAUCUGACAACCCAUAGAUACAUGUGUCUUGUGCUAUUUGUACGUUUUGUUUGUUUCUCAACGUUUGUUUCUGAGUUGUGUGUUUCAGCCUUGUUUAUUCUCAAUUUGUGACUGACCGACAGACCGACGAAAAGACAGAGCGAAGAUAGAGUCCAUCAGUGUUUUGUGAACAUUUGUGUAACAUAAUUCGUGUACGCCAUUAGUUAAUUAGUAGUAUUGUUGUUCGUGUGGUGUAUCAGUGAGACAGGUAAGUCAGCUACCUUGGCUUCAAUAUCGAUAUCACAGAUAACAGGUUCAAUUUCUUCCUUCUUGCGAAACAUUUGCUUUAAUUGAAUCAUUAUUUUCCUCCUUUUUUUUCAUCCUAUUAUAUUUUUUGUGCCCUUCUUUCUAUGGAGUUGUAAUAAUCUUUAAUGAAAUGUGUAAGUGUACUGUGUAUCUUUAUAACGAGUAGUGUAAACAUGAGAUUACAAUCAUCAACUGAAAGCUUCGAUGGAAACCUUCCAUCAUAACACCGCCUUUGAAAUUCCUUCCAAGAAUUCUUUAGUCUGAUGUAGGAUUAAAUUGCAAAUGAAUAUGUUUGAAUCGAGGCUAGGUUUUUUUAUGUAAAAUACGAAGAACCUCCAAGAAAUUAGUAAUAUCACUAGGGUGUAACACCAAAAGCCACGCCCAAAUCACGAUUUAGACAUUUUGAAACAAAUUUGACUCCUGGGGUAAGGGGAAAGCAAAGUCCUUGUUUGGAUAUAUUCUUGACGGUGUACAUUUCUUUCUUUUAAAAGGUGCUUUUGUUUUGUAUCAUUUGGCAAAGUCGUUACUUAUUUUAAGACCAAUUUAAGUUUAACAACGUUUCCAUAGGUAAUCGCCACCGCGCAAUCUCCACCGGACUACAAGUUUGAACACUUUACCAAACUUUGUCAGCAUUAUCAAGAACAAAAGAAAAUAUUGCAGGUGUGAAUGAUUUCACUAAGUCUUGGGAGGCUGCCAAAUUGUUAAUGGUAAUAGGACCGAGCGGAGUCCAAUUCGGUUUGCAAACAUGCGAGUGAUUGACAAAAUUGGACGACCGCGAGGCCGGAGUCCAAUUUGUCAAUCACUCGUGCGAUUACAGACAGAAUUGGACGACAAAGAAUCAUAACCGUUACAAUUUCCGUAAACAACAAAUACAUUUAGGUCAGAUAUCUCCCGUAGAGAUAGUUACUAAAGUUUAAAAAAUUCUCCAUUUUGGAAAUUCCUCAAUUUUUUUGAGGAUAAGUGGUUGUUGCUUAGGUUAUUGUGAUUAAUUCUGUGAUUGGUAGAUUUGGCUGAGUGGACUUAGUAUGACUGGCUACCUCAACUGUCCGAUUACAGCUCUAAAGAAUGAUUAAUGACAAAUAAAGCAGCAAAUGCACCAAUCGCGUUUGAGGAAAUUGUAAUGGUUAUGAUUACAAAUGUAAUAUCUACAUAGAAUAUGACAAUUUCGAAAUUGUCAUCGUGACUAAUUUUUUUCUGCAUUUAUUGACUAAUAAACCUUGAAAGUUACCAAGAGAGGUGUUUAUGUAACUUUUUUACGCCUUCAAAUUUUAAAAUAUGAUAUUUUUGCAACCUUAGAAACAGCGGUUCCUCGGUCCCUGAUCCAAACUGUGAAAGAACCUUUUUGAAUUUUUUGUAUAACCUUAAUGUUUCUUACCCUGCAAGUAAAGCCAUAUUUUGUCCUCUAUGUAGGUGCAAAUUCGGACAGAGGUUCAUAAUUGGCAAAAGGUGGCGGAGAAUGGUGAUGAAGGGACUGAAUGUCGUGAAAAGAUACUGGGCUUACUGAGCCAGUUUCGCGAGGCACAGAAACAACAAGACAUGUUAAUUGAGAAAGAAAAGCUUAGGUUGGAUGCGUUUAGAAACUGUAUCAAUGAAGACACCACAAACAGGAUAAAAAAACGCUUGACAUUCUUCCAGAAACUAAACAAACAACACGAGGCAUUGUUGGAACAUAUCCGACAGGAUAUUCAAGAAUGUAGAAUGAUUUGUAAAAGAUUCAAUGAUUCGAGUGGAAGGUAAGUUCUUUGUUGCUGUGCCAACGCCUUAGAAAUUUGGUUCGCUUCUUAUCUUAACAUUUUCGUGAUGGGAAAAUCGGCAUAAAAAUCGUAGAAUUUAGGUUUUGUCACAAUAACAGUUCCCUAGUAAGGCUCUUUAGUAUUCUAAUGAUAUGACUUCCCCCCCCCCUUCAUUGACGGUCAAUUUUCAGUAGUCCCCCCUUUAUACUUAAUUAGCGAUAACUGAUCUCACUUCCGUUUCCCCUGAAAACUAUGUGAAUCCCCCCCAAACCCCUUCCCCCCCCCCCCCGCGAUGAAUAAUGAGUGGAGUAGUCCCUAAAAGAUCACCUGACACUUAACAUAAACUGACUUGAUGUUUAAUAUUUUGAAAGGUCUAAAGGGUUUGAGACUUGGAUAAAAUGUCCAGCCAGCCCAGCUUACGAUUACGGUAGUAUUGGAAGCUUAUGAGGUGAGAUAUGCGAUCAUGAUAAGGAAGUACAAAUACAUUGUAGCAAUUCUUAAUUAAGUGUUGAAAUUAAUCCGGGACUACCAUGGGUUUUCUCUAAUUUAAUCUGAUUGGCCCCUAACUUCUAAUCCAAUCAGAUUUACCUGAUAAGCUGAAUUAUACAGGCGAUUUGAUUGGUUCCUAUUUAUGAUCUCUUGGAAGAUUGACGCAUAGUUGACGUCAUCGAAAAAACGCAUUUUGCAGUGACGCAUUGUUCUUAUCACAUUUUGAAUUCAUCUGUAAUUUAAUCCUUUAGACCUUGACAUCAGUUUGCAUUUUCUCCUCACUGUUCUCUAUACAUUUCCUGAUGAGCUGACAAAGAGAUUUUGUUUGACAAUUAUGACCUCCUUUACUUGAUGAUUAUUUCCUUUUUUCCCAUGACCUGAAUAUGUGAAACAGAGGUGAUCUUGUAAGGAGAAAUUAGAUGCUUGUCACUGUUAGGGGUUAAUUAAAGGGUUGAAACUGAACAGACGCAUGGCAUCAUGGAAUCUAAUUGAUAAGCCGAACUAUAACCAAUCGCAACAUUCUCACGCACGUCUCCCUCGCUACGGGCACUUUGCUUGUUUUUACUUUGAUCUCUUUUUUAAUCAUUUUGACAUUUUCCUUCUUUUGUCUGAUUGGUAACUGUGAUGAUUUUGGUUUUGGUGUUGUGACGCUCUGAAAGGGAAUGAAGACUGUCACUUUAAGCGAUUGUUCAACGAGAUACAGAAACAGUGGCGUAGCCUGCUUCACACUCAGUUCCUAGGUGUGACUAAAAUAUAAUAAAUGCUGAAUAAAACUUAAGGUCAUGAGAAAAUGAGAAAUGAUCAACAAAAAAAUGAGCGCUUGAUUGUUAGGCAUAAUCUCCUUUACCGUAGGAAAUGUACGGAAAACAGUGUGGAGAAUAUGCAUACUGAUGUUGGAGUGUAAAGGAUCGUGAUCAAUAGCUGAGCUCUUACACACGUAUCAAACAUGGCUCACAGCUGAAAGUGGUUAUUCGAUAAAGGAGUAAGGGAAACGAUCUGAUGUAUUUGUAUUGAUAAACCUCCAUGACCAUUUUUGGAGACAGAAACACUUACAACACCAAUCAUUUAAUUACCAGACAAAUGGCACUGUUUGCUUCUGGGCUGUCUCAGGGUUGCCCAAGAAAAAGUUUCGUGCAUUAAGUAACAUAAGUGCUGCCCCUUUAUAACCACUCUUUGAUUUUUAUGGUUGUUUUUCUUCCCGAAGUCUUUGUAGGUAGGAAAGAAACCAUUGUUCCUGUGUUUCUUCAGUCCACUCAUCAAUCGAGAUGGAGAAGCGGGAAAUCAACAGGUUCAAAUAAUGUCUCUGAACAUGAGCACAGGAUGGAUCAGCUCAAAAUCAACAAGAGCAAAGCCUCGAAAAGGAUUAUGAGACCGUGG